CACGCUGGCGCUCUCCCUCUCCCCGUCUCCCCGGCCCCGGCUGGUGACUGGCGGCGGCGGCGGCCGGGCCUGGCAGCGAGCGGCGCCCCCGGGCCUCCUCUCCUCAGGGCGGCGGCGGCGGCCCGCGACAUGGCGGCGGCCUCCUGCUCCUCGGCACCGGCUCCCCCCGCCGGCCCCGGCCCUGGCCCUGGCCCCGGCCCCGGCUCCGGGCCGGCCCCGGCGUCGUCGUCGUCGUCGUCGUCCGGGCCGGGCCCGUGCGAGUGGCUGCUGCUGCGGGACGGCUGCCUGCGCUGCGACGCCGAGGGGCUGCGCAGCCUCUGCUACCACCCGGCCCUCAACGCCAUCCUGGCCGUCACCGCGCGCGGCGCCAUCAAAGUCAUCGACGGCACCUCCGGGGCCACGCUGCAGGCGUCGGCGCUCAACGCUAAACCAGGUGGACGGGUGAAAUGUCAGUAUAUUUCUGCUGUGGAUAAAGUGAUCUUUGUGGAUGAUUAUGCAGUAGGAUGUAGGAAAGAUCUCAAUGGCAUCUUACUGUUAGACACAGCUCUGCAAACACCUGUUUCAAAACAAGAUGACGUGGUUCAGCUUGAAUUGCCGGUUACAGAGGCUCAGCAGCUGUUAUCUGCUUGCAUAGAAAAAGUAGAUGUUUCUAGUACAGAGGGAUAUGACUUAUUCAUCACACAGCUGAAGGAUGGUUUAAAAAAUACCUCACAUGAAACAGCAGCAAAUCAUAAAGUUGCAAAGUGGGCAACGGUUACGUUCCACCUUCCUCAUCAUGUUUUGAAGUCUGUCGCCAGUGCCAUUGUAAAUGAACUCAAGAAGAUAAAUCAAAAUAUUGCUGCCUUACCUGUAGCAUCCUCUGUGAUGGAUAGGUUAUCUUACCUCUUACCCAGCGCACGACCAGAACUUGGUGUGGGACCUGGUCGAUCUGUGGACAGGUCUUUGAUGUAUAGUGAAGCUAACAGAAGGGAGACGUUCACUUCAUGGCCUCAUGUGGGUUAUAGGUGGGCACAGCCAGAUCCUAUGGCUCAAGCUGGGUUCUAUCACCAGCCUGCUUCAUCAGGAGAUGACAGAGCCAUGUGCUUUACCUGUAGUGUGUGUUUGGUAUGCUGGGAGCCUACAGAUGAACCUUGGUCUGAACAUGAGAGACAUUCCCCAAACUGCCCGUUUGUCAAGGGUGAGCACACUCAGAAUGUACCUCUUUCAGUCACACUGGCCACAAGUCCAGCACAAUUUCCCUGCACAGAUGGCACUGACAGAAUAGCCUGCUUUGGGUCUGGAAGUUGCCCUCAUUUUCUAGCUGCUGCAACAAAGCGAGGAAAAAUCUGCAUAUGGGAUGUUUCCAAACUUAUGAAGGUCCACUUAAAAUUUGAGAUAAAUGCAUAUGAUCCAGCUAUUGUGCAGCAACUUAUGUUAUCAGGAGAACAGAGCUCAGGGGUUGACUCAAGGAGACCAACACUAGCAUGGCUAGAAGAUUCAUCUAGCUGCUCAGAUAUACCAAAAUUAGAAGGAGACAGUGAUGACCUACUGGAAGAUUCGGACAGUGAAGAGCAUUCCAGAUCAGAAUCUGUGACAGGGCAUACAUCACAAAAAGAAACUAUGGAAGUCAGCCUUGAUAUAACAGCUCUCAGCAUUCUUCAGCAACCUGAGAAACUUCAGUGGGAAAUUGUUGCAAAUGUUCUGGAAGACACGGUUAAGGAUCUGGAAGAACUUGGUGCGAAUCCCUGUUUGGCCAACUGUAAGAGUGAAAAGAUGAAGGAAAAACAUCUGGAACAACACAACAUUCCCUUUCCUUGUUUAUUAGCUGGAGGUCUCUUAACAUACAAAUCACCCGCUACCUCUCCUGUUAGCAGUAACUCUCAGCGGUCACUGGAUGGCUUAAGUAGGACUCGAGGUGAGAGUGUCUCAGAACAGGGAUCAACUGACAAUGAAUCCUGCACUAAUUCAGAACUGAAUUCCCCUCUGGUAAGGAGGACUUUACCUGUAUUGCUGCUAUACAGCAUUAAGGAGUCUGAUGAAAAAGCAGGAAAACUUUUUUCACAGAUGAACAAUAUUAUGAGUAAAAGUAUUCAUGAUGAUGGUUUCACAGUUCCACAGAUCAUUGAAAUGGAGCUGGACAGUCAGGAACAGUUGCUGUUACAGGAUCCCCCUGUGACUUACAUUCAGCAGUUUGCAGAUGCUGCAGCCAACCUAACUUCUCCGGACUCGGACAAGUGGAGCUCUAUGGUUCCCAAGCCUGGGACUUUGGUUCAGUGCCUGCGUCUGCCAAAGUUUGCAGAGGAGGAGAACCUGUGUGUAGAUUCAAUCACUCCUUGUGCAGAUGGAGUUCAUUUGUUAGUAGGACUGCGGACUUGUCCUGUCGAAUCUCUGAGUGCAAUAAAUCAAGUAGAGGCCUUGAAUAAUUUAAAUAAAUUAAACUCGGCACUAUGUAAUAGAAGGAAGGGUGAAAUAGAAUCAAGUCUUGCUGUAGUGAAUGGCACAAGUAUCGAUGUAAUCCAACAUGAGUCACCAGCAGAUGUACCAACAACUCCUUUAAUAAUUCAGCCUGAACAGAGAAGUGUUAGUGGUGGAUACCUAGUGCUUUAUAAAAUGAAUUAUGCCACUAGAAUAGUUACUCUAGAGGAGGAACCAGUAAAAAUCCAGCAUAUCAAAGACCCCCAAGACACAAUUACCUCAAUGAUUUUGCUCCCACCAGAUAUAUUGGAUAAUCGAGAGGAUGACUGUGAGGAGCCUGUAGAGGAAAUGCAAUUAACUUCUAAAAAUGGCAGUGCAAGAGAGAGAAGAUCUGAGAUUUCCACUCUUGGGCACCUGGUAAUAACUACUCAGGGAGGAUAUGUAAAAAUACUAGAUCUUUCAAACUUCGAAAUUCUGGCCAAAGUGGAGCCACCUAAAAAAGAGGGCACUGAGGAACCAGAUAUGUUUGUCUCUGUGAUAUACUGUUCAGGCACAGACAGAUUAUGUGCAUGCACCAAAGGUGGAGAACUUCAUUUCCUUCAGAUUGGAGGAACCUGUGAUGACAUAGAUGAAGCUGAUAUACUGGUAGAUGGAUCCCUUUCCAAAAGUGUAGAACAGUCUUCAGAAGGCGCCAAGCCCUUAUCUAACCCUUCUAGUCCAGGCAUUACAGGAGUUGAUCUUUUGGUGGACCAGCCAUUCUCCCUUGAAACACUGACGUCCCUGGUAGAACUGACCCGUUUUGAGACCUUGACGCCACGAUUUUCAGCCACUGUCCCUCCCUGUUGGGUAGAAGUCCAGCAAGAGCAGCAGCAAAGGAGGCAUCCUCAGCAUUUGCACCAGCAGCACCAUGGAGAUGCAGCUCAGCACACUCGAACUUGGAAGCUACAGACAGACAGCAACAGCUGGGAUGAGCAUGUCUUUGAACUGGUUCUUCCAAAAGCCUGUAUGGUUGGGCAUGUGGACUUCAAAUUUGUUUUGAACUCAAACAUCACAAACAUUCCCCAGAUCCAAGUGACUUUGCUGAAAAAUAAAGCUCCAGGCUUAGGGAAAGUCAAUGAGGCAGCAGUAGACAGACAGAUCACAUUUCCUUUAUCUCCAGCUCAUAAUAUUGAAACGGAGAGAAAUGGAAAGCCAGGACCGGUUGAAUUCAAUGAAGAAAUGCAGUAUAUGGAUGUAGAGGAACCACAAUGUCUUAGGUUGUGUCCAUUUCUGGAGGAACAUAAAGAAGAUAUACUCUGUGGUCCAGUAUGGUUGGCUACUGGACUUGAUCUGUCGGGACAUGCUGGGAUGUUGACACUAACAAGUCCAAAGCUUGUUAAAGGCAUGGCUGGUGGCAAGUACCGUUCAUUUUUAAUUCAUGUUAAAGCAGUGAAUGACAGAGGAACAGAAGAAAUCUGCAAUGGUGGCAUUAGGCCAGUUGUUAGAAUACCAUCCCUAAAACCUCAGACUAACAAGGGCCAUUCCCUUGCUUCGUUGUUGGCAAAAGUUGCAGCAGGCAAGGAAAAACCAUCUAGCAAAAUUGAAGCCAGUAAUUCUUCAAGAAAAUCAGAUAAUCUUAGAGGCUGUGAUUUACUUCAAGAAGUCUCUGUAACAAUUCGAAGAUUUAAAAAAACUUCCAUUUCAAAGGAAAGAGUUCAGCGGUGUGCCAUGUUACAGUUCUCAGAAUUCCAUGAGAAGCUGCUCACUACUCUUUGCAAAAAGACAGAUGAUGGUCUGACCACAGAACAUGCUCAGAGUCUUGUGCUAGAUACGCUUUGUUGGCUAGCAGGAGUGUAUUCAAAUGGGCCUGGCAGCUCAAAGGAAGGAAAUGACAGCUUGCUUUCUAAAACACGUAAAUGCGUCUCUGAUAUAAUACGUGUUUGUUUCUUUGAAGCUGGGCGGAGCAUAGCUCACAAAUGUGCACGGUUUCUUGCAUUAUGCAUCAGCAAUGGCAGGUGUGACCCAAGUCAGCAGGGGUUUGGAUCUGUCCUUCUAAAAGCUUUACUUGACAACAUGCCUCUUUUGCCUGCUGCUGCAACAGGUGGAUCAGUGUAUUGGUAUUUCGUAUUGCUGAAUUAUGUAAAGGAUGAAGAUUUGGCAGGGUGCAGUACAGCUUGUGCAUCAUUGUUAACUGCUGUGUCCCGACAGUUGCAGGAUCGCCUAACACCUAUGGAAGCAUUACUUCAAACAAGAUAUGGAUUAUAUAGUUCACCUUUUGAUCCAGUUCUGUUUGAUUUGGAAAUAAGUGGCUCUUCUUGUAAAAAUGUAUACAACAGCAGCAUUGGAGUACAGUCAGAUGAAAUUGAUUUGUCUGAUGUUCUAUCAGGAAAUGGGAAAAUAAGUAGCUGUGCAGCUGCUGAAGGUAGUUUCACCUCCCUUACUGGGCUUCUGGAAGUUGAACCUCUGCACUUUACCUGCGUUUCAACAAGUGAUGGAACUAGAAUAGAAAGGGACGAUGCAAUGAGUACCUUUGGGGUUACCCCAGCAGUUGGUGGUCUCUCAUCUGGAACGGUUGGGGAAGCCUCGACAGCACUGAGUUCGGCAGCCCAGGUAGCUUUGCAGUCUCUCUCUCAUGCAAUGGCCUCAGCCGAGCAACAGCUCCAGGUGCUGCAAGAGAAACAGCAGCAGCUUUUGAAGCUUCAGCAACAGAAAGCUAAGCUGGAAGCAAAACUGCAUCAGACAACAGCAGCGGCGGCGGCAGCAGCAUCAGCAGUUGGUCCUGUUCACAACUCUGUGCCUUCUAAUCCAGUAGCAGCCCCAGGGUUCUUCAUUCAUCCUUCAGAUGUCAUUCCUCCAACACCAAAAACAACUCCUCUUUUCAUGACUCCUCCCUUGACUCCACCUAAUGAGGCAGUUUCUGCUGUUAUUAGUGCAGAGCUUGCUCAGCUUUUCCCUGGUUCAGUUAUUGAUCCCCCAACAGUAAACCUUGCUGCACAUAACAAAAAUACAAGCAAGGCUAGAACGAAUCCACUUGGAUCUGGUCUUGCUCUUGCAAUAUCUCAUGCUUCGCAUUUUCUUCAACCUCCACCUCAUCAGUCAAUUAUUAUAGAGCGAAUGCAUUCAGGAGCAAGAAGAUUCGUGACCUUAGAUUUUGGAAGACCUAUAUUACUGACGGAUGUAUUGAUUCCUACAUGUGGAGACUUGGCUUCUUUGUCAAUUGACAUCUGGACUUUAGGAGAAGAAGUGGAUGGAAGGCGGCUGGUAGUGGCUACUGACAUUAGCACACACUCACUUAUUUUACAUGACUUGUUGCCACCACCAGUUUGCAGGUUUAUGAAGAUCACUGUUAUUGGUCGAUAUGGUAGCACAAAUGCUAGAGCAAAAAUUCCAUUGGGAUUUUAUUAUGGCCAUACCUAUAUCCUGCCUUUUGAAAAUGAGCUGAAACUAAUGCAUGAUCCCCUCAGAGGAGAAGGUGAAGCUGCAAGUCAGCCAGAAAUUGACCAACAUUUAGCAAUGAUGGUUGCAUUGCAAGAAGACAUACAAUGCAGGUACAAUUUGGCCUGCCAUCGUUUAGAAAUCCUUCUGCAGAGUAUUGACCUGCCACCACUCAAUAGUGCUAACAAUGCCCAGUACUUUUUACGGAAGCCAGACAAGGCAGUAGAAGAAGAUAGCAGAGUAUUUUCUGCUUACCAGGACUGCAUUCAGCUACAGCUUCAACUCAAUUUGGCUCACCAUGCUGUUCAGAGGCUCAGAGUAGCUUUAGGUGCAAGCAGGAAAACGCUGAAGGAACAAUCUGAUCCAAAAGAGUUGAUUCAGAUGUCAUCUACAGAACAGUUGCGCACCAUCAUUAGAUACUUACUGGAUACUUUGCUUAGUUUGCUUCAUUCUUCCAAUGGACACUCUGUUCCUGUGGUUCUACAAAGUACUUUUCAUGCUCAAGCUUGUGAAGAAUUAUUUAAACACCUAUGUAUCAGUGGAACCCCCAAAAUACGUUUGCAUACUGGCCUUCUGCUGGUUCAGCUUUGUGGAGGAGAAAGGUGGUGGGGCCAGUUUCUCUCGAACGUAUUGCAGGAAUUAUACAAUUCAGAGCAACUUCUCAUAUUCCCACAAGACAGGGUCUUCAUGUUGCUUUCUUGCAUUGGCCAAAGAUCGCUUAGCAACAGUGGUGUUCUAGAAAGUUUACUUAAUCUCCUGGAUAACCUGCUGUCACCACUGCAACCUCAUUUACCUGUGCACAGAAGAACUGAAGGAGUGUUAGAUAUUCCCAUGAUCAGCUGGGUUGUAAUGCUGGUGUCCAGAUUACUGGAUUAUGUAGCUACUGUUGAAGAUGAAGCAGCCACAGCCAAGAAACCUUUGAAUGGAAAAGAGAGGGAACGUUUUUUGACAGGAAACCAGUGGAGUUUUAUAAAUAAUAGUCUUCACACUCAGAGUCUGAGCAGAUCUACUAAAGGCAAUAGUAGCCUGGAUAGACUGUAUUCCCGAAAGAUCAGAAAACAGCUUGUGCAUCAUAAACAGGUGACUUCUGGCACGCAACUUAACUUAUUAAAAGCAAAGCAGAAGGCUUUGGUGGAACAGAUGGAAAAAGAGAAAAUACAAAGCAACAAAGGAUCAUCAUACAAACUUUUAGUAGAACAGGCAAAACUAAAGCAGGCUACUUCAAAGCACUUCAAGGAUUUAAUACGUUUACGUCGGACUGCAGAAUGGCCUCGUUCUACUUUGGAUACUGAAGUAUCAACAACAAAAGAAACUCCAGAAAUUGAACCACUUCCCUUUACACUGGCACAUGAACGUUGUAUUUCUGUAGUGCAGAAGCUGGCACUCUUUCUCCUGUCAAUGGAUUUUACUUGUCAUGCAGACUUACUUCUGUUUGUUUGUAAGGUUCUUGCUAGAAUUGCAAAUGCUACAAGACCAACAAUUCAUUUAUGUGAGAUUGUAAAUGAAACUCAGUUGGAAAGAUUAUUGUUGCUUCUCGUUGGAACUGACUUUAACAGGGGAGACAUCUCUUGGGGAGGAGCAUGGGCUCAGUAUUCUCUGACAUGCAUGCUGCAGGAUAUUCUAGCAGGAGAGCUGUUGGCACCUAUAGCAGCUGAAGCGAUGGAAGAAGGUGCUUUGGGAGAAGAUGCUGGAGCUUCAGCUGGGGAUUCUGAUGACUCUCUUCAGCAAUCCACAGUUCAAUUAGUGGAAACAAUAGAUGAACCUUUGACACAUGACAUCACGGGUGCUCCACCUCUAUCAUCUUUGGAAAAAGAUAAAGACAUUGACCUUGAAUUACUGCAAGACUUGAUGGAAGUCGAUAUUGAUCCUCUGGAUAUUGAUUUGGAAAAAGAUCCUCUUGCAGCCAAGGUUUUCAAGCCCAUAAGCAGUACAUGGUAUGAUUACUGGGGUGCUGAUUAUGGUACCUACAAUUACAAUCCUUACAUUGGAGGCGUUGGAAUUCCGGUUGCAAAACCACCAGUAACUACAGAGAAAAAUGGAUCACAAACAGUGAGCGUAUCAGUCUCUCAGGCUUUAGAUGCACGUCUAGAAGUUGGACUUGAACAGCAGGCUGAGUUGAUGCUGAAAAUGAUGUCCACUCUGGAGGCGGAUUCCAUACUGCAAGCAUUAACAAACACAUCUCCUACAUUAACUCAGUCUCCUAGUGGAACAGAUGAUUCAUUGCUAAGGGGAUUGCAUACUGCUAACCAAAAUGCCCAGCUGAUUGUACAGUUGUCAUCUAUACCUAUGCUGAGUGCAUGCUUCAACAAGCUCUUUUCCAUGCUACAAGUCCACCAUGUUCAGCUUGAAUCUCUUUUACAGUUAUGGCUCACAUUAAGCCUGAAUUCCAGCUCCUCGGGAAGCAAAGAUAGUGGCGCUGAUAUUUUCCUUUAUAAUGCUAAUCGAAUACCUGUAAUUUCCUUGAAUCAAGUUUCAGUAACUAGCUUCCUGUCAGUUCUGGCAUGGUAUCCUAACACCUUACUCCGGACAUGGUGCCUUGUGCUUCACAGCCUAACUCUCAUGACAAAUAUGCAGCUGAAUGCUGGUCCAAGCAGUGCCAUUGGAGCUCAGGAAAGUACUGCCCAACUGUUGGUGUCAGAUCCAAACCUCAUUCAUGUGUUAGUGAAAUUUCUUUCCGGCACUAAUCCUCAUGGAACAAAUCAACACAGUCCACAGGUUGGGCCAACAGCUACGCAAGCUAUGCAAGAAUUUCUUACUCGAUUACAAGUGCACCUUUCUUCAACUUGUCCUCAGAUGUUCAGUGAAUUUUUAUUGAAAUUAAUACAUAUACUUUCAACAGAAAGGGGUGCUUUCCAGACAGGCCAGGGACCCUUGGAUGCACAAGUGAAACUCCUGGAAUUUACCUUGGAACAGAAUUUUGAAGUCGUGUCAGUCAGCACUAUUUCUGCAGUAAUUGAGUCUAUAACAUUCCUUGUGCAUCAUUACAUCACAUGUUCGGACAAAGUGAUGUCUCGCAGUGGCUCAGACAGCUCUGUGGGUGCUCGAGCAUGUUUUGGAGGACUUUUUGCCAAUAUUAUCCGUCCAGGUGAUGCCAAAGCAGUUUGUGGAGAGAUGACGAGGGACCAACUUAUGUUUGAUUUGUUAAAGCUGGUGAACAUUUUAGUUCAACUGCCACUUUCCAGUAACCGAGAAUAUAGUGCCCGUGUGCCAGUAGCAAGCAGUACUACAGACAGCGUGUCUGAUGAAGAAAAGGUUUCAGGAGGCAAAGAUGGCAAUGGAAGCAAUCCUAAUGUUCAGGGAUCAACUGCGUAUGUGGCAGACUUGGUGUUAGCCAACCAACAAAUUAUGAGCCAGAUUUUGUCUGCCCUCGGCCAGUGUAACAGCAGUGCUAUGGCAAUGAUUAUUGGUGCCAGUGGCUUACAUCUUACUAAACAUGAAAACUUUCAUGGUGGCUUAGAUGCGAUAUCAGUUGGAGAUGGGUUGUUCACUAUCCUGACAACACUUAGUAAAAAAGCAACAACGGUGCAAGUGAUGCUUCAGCCAAUUCUUACUUACAUGGCUUGUGGGUACAUGGGAAGACAGGGUUCUCUUGCCACGUGUCAGUUGUCUGAACCACUGCUCUGGUUCAUUUUACGAGUCUUGGACACCAGUGAGGCACUGAAGGCGUUUCAUGAUAUGGGUGGUGUUCAGCUUAUUUGUAACAACAUGGUAACAAGCACAAGAGCAAUUGUUAACACAGCAAGAAGUAUGGUUUCAACUAUUAUGAAAUUCCUUGAUUCUGGUCCCACCAAAGCAACAGACAGCAGUUUGAAAGCAAGAGUGUUAGCUUCUGAGCCUGACAAUGCAGAGGGAAUUCACAAUUUUGCACCUUUAGGUUCAAUCACCUCAAGCAGCCCCACUGCCCAACCUGCUGAAGUACUGUUACAGGCUACUCCUCCACAUAGAAGAGCUCGGUCUGCUGCGUGGUCAUACAUAUUUUUACCUGAGGAAGCCUGGUGUGACCUUACGAUUCAUCUUCCUGCAGCAGUGCUGCUCAAAGAGAUCCAUAUCCAGCCUCAUCUGGCCUCUCUUGCAACUUGCCCUUCAUCAGUAUCUGUUGAAAUAAGUGCAGAUGGUGUCAAUAUGUUACCUUUGUCAACUCCUGUUAUCACAAGUGGUCUCACGUAUAUAAAAAUCCAGCUUGUAAAAGCUGAAGUUGCCUCAGCUGUCUGUCUUCGUCUCCAUCGUCCACGAGAUGCUAGUACAUUAGGCCUUUCGCAAAUCAAACUGUUGGGCCUCACAGCUUUUGGAAACACCUCGUCUGCAACAGUCAAUAAUCCAUUCCUUCCUUCUGAGGAUCAGGUCUCUAAAACAAGUAUUGGAUGGUUAAGAUUAUUACACCACUGCCUCACUCACAUAAGUGAUUUAGAAGGAAUGAUGGCUAGUGCUGCAGCACCCACUGCUAAUCUGUUGCAGACCUGUGCAGCGUUACUGAUGUCACCAUACUGUGGUAUGCAUUCUCCAAACAUUGAGGCUGUGCUUGUAAAAAUUGGGCUGCAGUCCACCAGAAUAGGCCUCAAGCUGAUUGACAUUCUUCUAAGAAACUGCUCAGCAUCAGGGAGUGAUCCUGCAGAUCUGAAUAGCCCUUUACUGUUUGGAAGAUUAAAUGGUCUCUCUUCUGACUCCACAAUAGACAUUCUUUAUCAGCUUGGAACAACUCAGGAUCCUGGAACGAAAGAUAGAAUUCAAGCAUUGUUGAAAUGGGUCAGUGAUUCUGCAAGAGUUGCUGCUAUGAAAAAAAGUGGCCGGGUCAGCUACAUUUGUCCAAAUAGCUCAACAAGAGAGUAUGGUCUUUUGAUGCCAUCUCCUUCCCAUUUGCAUUGCGUAGCAGCAAUUUUGUGGCAUAGUUAUGAACUGCUUGUUGAAUACGAUUUACCAGCGUUGCUGGACAGAGAGCUCUUCGAGUCGCUGUUCAACUGGUCCAUGUCUCUUCCCUGCAACAUGGUUUUGAAGAAAGCCGUUGAUAGUUUGCUUUGCUCAAUGUGCCACAUCCAUCCAAAUUAUUUUUCCUUGCUCAUGGGAUGGAUGGGUAUCACUCCUCCUCCGAUGCAGUGUCAGCACAGACUGUCCAUGACUGAUGACAGCAAAAAGCAGGACCUCAGUUCAUCUUUAACAGAUGACUCUAAAAACGCACAAGCCCCUCUUGCACUAACAGAGUCUCACCUGGCUACUCUUGCUGCCUCAUCUCAGUCUCCUGAAGCUAUCAAGCAAUUAUUGGACUCAGGUUUGCCUUCACUGCUUGUAAGAAGUCUUGCUAGUUUCUGCUUUAACCAUACUUCUAGCUCUGACUGCACUGCACAAUCAAUGGAUGUCACCCAGGAUAGGCUCAGGAGGCAUCAUGUUCCACAGCACUUUAAUAAAAUGCCUAUCACGGCAGACCUAGUUGCUCCUGUUCUCAGGUUUUUGACAGAAGUUGGCAACAGCCACAUCAUGAAGGAUUGGUUGGGUGGUUCUGAAGUCAAUCCAUUGUGGACAGCACUUUUAUUUCUGUUGUGCCAUUCUGGUGCUACUUCUGGAGGACACAAUGUGACUGCACAACAGACCAGUGCAAGAUCUAGCUUGCUUUCUUCAACUGUUACAGCAGGAUUGACCACUCAACAGCGGACAGCAAUUGAAAAUGCAACAGUUGCUUUCUUCUUACAGUGCAUUUCUUGCCAUCCUAAUAACCAGAGGCUUAUGGCACAGGUUCUCUGUGAAUUGUUCCAGUCCUCUCCUCAGCGUGGGAACCUCCCAACCUCUGGAAAUAUUUCAGGAUUUAUUAGGAGGCUUUUUUUGCAACUGAUGCUGGAGGAUGAGAAAGUGACUUUGUUUCUUCAGUCCCCAUGUCCACUGUACAAAGGUAGAAUUAAUGCUACUAGUCAUGUUAUUCAACAUCCAAUGUAUGGAGCUGGACACAAAUUUCGUACUCUUCAUUUGCCUGUCUCAACAACUCUAGCGGAAGUUCUUGAUCGUGUGUCAGAUACACCCAGCAUCACAGCUAAGCUAAUUAAUGAACAGAAGGAAGAUAAAGAAAAAAAGAACUACGAAGAAAAAGAAAAAGUUAAAGCAGAAAAUGGAUUCCAGGACAAUUACAGUGUUGUUGUUGCUUCUGGUUUGAAAUCUCAGUCAAAAAGAGCUGUUUCAUCCACCCCUCCACGUCCACCAUCAAGACGAGGAAGAGUUAUUGCAGAUAAAGUGGGUACCUCUUCCUCAGGAGGAGAAUCUUCCAGCAAAACUAUUAGUGUUCCAGUUUUCCAUCUAUACCAUAAACUUCUACCAGGCCAGCCAUUACCAGCUGAAAUGACACUUGCCCAGCUUCUGACUCUCCUGUAUGACCGUAAACUCCCUCAAGGAUACCGAUCAAUAGACUUGACAGUUAAACUUGGUUCCAAAGUCAUCUCAGAUCCAAGCUUAUCAAAAACAGACUCAUUUAAACGUCUUCACACAGAAAAAGAACAUGCAGAUUUACUGGGACCUUGCCCUGAAGAUGAAGCAAUCAGUCCUGGGGAUGAGUGUAUGGAUGCAGUGCUAGAUGAAUCACUUCUUGAAACAUGUCCCAUUCAGUCUCCGCUGCAAGUUUUUGCAGGAAUGGGUGGAUUGGCCCUCAUCGCAGAGAGACUCCCUAUGCUUUAUCCCGAUGUAAUUCAACAAGUGAGCACUCCAGUAGUUACAUCAACCACACAGGAAAAGCAGAAGGACAGUGAUCAGUUUGAAUGGGUUACCAUUGAACAAUCAGGGGAACUGGUGUAUGAAGCACCAGAAACAAUUGCUGCAGAACCUCCACCGAUCAAGUCAACAGUUCAGACUAUGUCUCCCAUACCCGCUCAUUCUUUGGCUGCCUUUGGUUUAUUCCUUCGUCUCCCGGGCUAUGCUGAGGUGCUGCUAAAAGAACGGAAACAUGCUCAGUGUCUGUUGAGAUUGGUGUUGGGAGUUACAGAUGAUGGUGAAGGAAGUCAUAUCCUGCAGUCUCCUUCAGCAAAUGUGCUUCCAACCCUGCCCUUCCAUGUGUUGCGCAGUUUGUUCAGCACUACGCCAUUGACUACUGACGAUGGAGUACUGCUUAGGCGGAUGGCACUGGAAAUUGGAGCUAUACAUCUCAUCCUUGCUUGUCUGUCUGCUCUAAGCCAUCAUGCACCAAGAGUUCCCAACGCUAGUCCCAACCAGGCAGAGCCACAGGUGUCAAGUACACACAACAGUGCAUCAACAGAAGAACAGCAGUUGUACUGGGCUAAGGGUACAGGCUUUGGAACAGGCUCCACAGCUUCAGGAUGGGAUGUUGAGCAAGCUUUGACUAAGCAAAGGCUAGAAGAAGAGCAUGUGACCUGCCUUCUACAGGUUCUUGCCAGUUACAUAAAUCCUGCAGGGAGUACAUCGAAUGGAGAAACCCAAAGUAGCCAUGAAGGUAGAGGACAGAACAGCAGCGCUCUCCCAUCCGUUCUUCUGGAGCUACUCAGUCAGUCUUGCCUCAUUCCAGCAAUGUCAUCGUACCUCCGCAACGAUUCAGUCUUGGAUAUGGCCCGACAUGUUCCCCUCUACCGCGCACUGCUAGAAUUACUCCGUGCUAUUGCAUCUUGCACAUCGAUGGUGCCGUUACUGCUUCCUCUGUCUGGAGAAAACAAUGAAGAGGAGGAGGAACAGCUGGAGUCACAAGCUUCCGUUGGGACCUUGUUGGCUAAAAUGAAGACCUGUGUAGAUACCUAUACCAACCGACUGAGGUCUAAAAAAGAUAAAGCGAAAGCUGGAGUAAAACCAGAUGCUUCUGAUCAAGAACCGGAGGGACUGACACUUCUGGUACCAGACAUACAGAAGACUGCUGAGAUAGUUUAUGCUGCUACCACCAGCUUGCGCCAGGCAAACCAAGAAAAGAAGAUGGCUGAAUACUCUAAAAAGGCGGCUGUGAAGCCCAAACCUCUGUCUGUUUUACGCUCUCUUGAAGAAAAGUAUGUGGCUGUCAUGAAAAAACUCCAGUUUGACACAUUCGAAAUGGUUUCUGAAGACGAUGAUGGAAAAUUGGUUUUUAAAGUAAAUUACCACUACAUGUCUCAGGUAAAAAAUGCAAGUGACGCCAACAGUGCUGCCAGAGCCCGACGUCUUGCUCAAGAAGCUGUGACUCUUUCAACAUCACUGCCUCUCUCAUCUUCAUCCAGUGUUUUUGUACGUUGUGAUGAGGAGCGGCUUGACAUUAUGAAGGUUCUCAUUACUGGUCCUGCAGACACCCCUUAUGCAAAUGGAUGCUUUGAAUUUGAUGUGUAUUUUCCACAAGACUAUCCUAACUCCCCUCCACUCGUGAAUCUGGAAACAACUGGAGGCCACAGCGUGAGAUUUAAUCCAAACCUCUACAAUGAUGGCAAGGUGUGUUUAAGCAUACUAAACACAUGGCACGGAAGGCCGGAAGAGAAGUGGAAUCCCCAAACAUCAAGCUUUUUGCAGGUGUUAGUGUCUGUCCAGUCCCUAAUACUGGUAGCAGAACCGUAUUUUAAUGAACCAGGUUAUGAACGUUCAAGAGGUACUCCAAGUGGUACCCAGAGCUCCAGAGAAUAUGAUGGAAACAUACGACAGGCAACGGUCAAGUGGGCAAUGCUUGAACAAAUCAGAAAUCCAUCGCCAUGUUUUAAGGAGGUCAUUCACAAACAUUUUUACUUGAAAAGAGUGGAGAUCAUGGCUCAGUGUGAGGAGUGGAUAGCAGACAUACAGCAGUACAGCAGUGACAAGCGGGUAGGCAGGACCAUGUCCCACCAUGCAGCAGCUCUUAAGCGUCACACAGCUCAGUUGCGGGAAGAACUUCUAAAACUUCCCUGUCCUGAAGGACUGGAUCCAGAUACUGAUGACUCCACAGAAAAAUGCAGUGCCACAACAAGUUCAGAGGAGACGAUGUUGCACGAACAGGUUAAACCCAGCAGCAGUAAAGAUAUCCCCCCUGAUUUCAAGUUAUGAGUUGCAUUGACAUGGACUUUCUAGACACAAAGGCUUUGAAGCACAAGCCAAAUAUGUCAAUAUUUGUAUGUAAGAAGCUAAUUAUGUAAUAGGCAAUGAAAUUGAAACUAUACUAUGCCCUUAAGGAUAUACAGUUUAAUUCAAGAUGAUCUUUUAUUUACCUGUACAAGAGUGUAAACUUUUUUGUGCUUUUAUUUUUCAAUUGUGAGAACCACUGAUUGGUAUGUUUAAAAAGUUAUGUAUACAAGAAAUGGAUAAAUCACUGAUAUAUAAGGGAAACUACCUUAGGAAAGAAUGUUUACUGAAUGUUUAUUAUUUUUUUUUACUUGUAGAGUGAGGGCGGUUGUAACAAAGAAUAUAUAUUGGUCAUUCUUACAGCUACUAUUUAAAGUCAGAAAAUUUUCACUGAAUUUGAUAGAUUUUACGUUUGGCCAUAUAUUCAUGCUCAUAUUUGAUUCUAAAGAAAACCUCCUGUAUACUUCAAUAAAAGUUAAAUGGACAUGAUCCCUCUUUUAUGAUUUACUGGUACAUUUUUUAAAUAAACUGCCAUAAAAUACAUUAUAGCUGAAGACUUGCACUUGUAUGACUGAAUUCAUUACAGUCAACGUAUUUAAUUUUAUGCUUACUAAUUCUAAAAUGCAGACGAAAUAAAUGCACAUGGUUUUACCUCAUGCCAAAAUCUGGACUUCUGAAUUCAUCUUUUGUUUAGCUAAUUUAUGCAAACUAACAGUAUUCUAAAUUUCUUAAGGGCUAUUCUGGAACAAAGUCUUUUCUGUUGAAAUGUCUGGUUUUUACAUAAUAACUGUGCUUUAAGUACUGACAGGGGCUAAUGACAUGCCAUGCAGGAGUCUUACCGUGCUGUAGUUCCUACUGUACAGGCUUCUUUCCAAUUUUAUACUUGCAGCCACAGCCUACCUAAAAAGAGUGAGGGAUUUGGUUGAUUUAAUUAUUAAGUCUCACUUUUAACAUAACAUGCAUUACUAUCACUGUUCUUAAUUUUUAAGUAGUCCUUGAAGGACUGAAAAGUUCAUACUGGUAUUACCUCAGACUAAUGAUCUGUUGUAUUAUUAAUUCUAUAAAUCAGGCAAAAAAUCUUUUUUUUUGUUUUCUAUUUGUUCUUUGUUUAUAAGUAUCACGCUGGAAUUUUUUCACUUUUUGUUUUACAAUGUAUUAUUUCUAAUCAUUAAAAGUGGCACCAACUGA